AUGACAAAGCGCAUCCGUCUAGGAAUCGUUGGCCUGUCGGCAGAUCCAAGCCACUGUACCAAUUUCAUCCACAAGCUGCCUCUAACAACGACCGCACUAAGCAACAACUAUGAGAUCGUUGCCUUGUCAAUGUCCUCGCCAGAGAAAGCUGUGGCAGCCGCCGCCGCCCAUGGCCUGCCGGAAGAGAAGGGCUACCACAAGGUUGACGACCUGGCCAGAGAUCCCGAUGUUGAUUUGGUCGUCGUCUCGGUGAAGGUCCCUCGUCGCGCAGAGCUGGCAAUGGCUGCUAUCAAUGCGGGAAAAGAUGUCUACGUCGAGUGGCCGUUUGCAUCCAAUUUGAUGGAAGCAGAAGCUCUAGCCAACCGAGCUCGCGAGCAGCAGAUCAAGAGUAUGGUUGGUCUACAAACAAGGCUUGCUCCUCAGGUUCUGAAGAUGAAAGAAAUUAUUCAAACAGAGGCCUUGGGGCGGAUCUUGGCUACCAAUCUGGUUGUGACUGACGACCUUUUCCUGAAAUUUCACGCCGACAAGAGGCAUUCUCAUGAUAAAAUAAAUGGUGCAAACAUUGUGACUAUUGCUGGUGGCCAUCUUAUCGACACCAUGGCAUUCCUCCUCGGCGAGUUUACGACUUUGCAUGCCCAAACGAGUAUGCAAUUCCCGAAGCCAGUUCUCAAGGACGCCCAAGGGAACCCAAAGACUGGCCAAUUCAAUGAUGCUCCUGAUACAUUCACCCUCCAUGGCGAAAUGGGUGAUCAAAAUAUUCCAACAUCGAUUUGCAUGUACUCACAUCCACCAACUACGCCAAACUUAUUUCAGUGGAUUGUAACCGGAGAGAAAGGAUCUUUAAAGAUGGAAGGCCCAAGUUUGAUGAUCCAUGCUAUUCCUCCACGCUUGUUUCAAACCGAUUCCAAGGAGGGAGUUACUUGUUGGCAGGAGAUCACUCUGGAAAGCACUACAUCCCAGGGAGCAGAGUACCAGGCGUGGCUGGAUAAUGACAAGUCCCAAAUAGUAACUCUGGACGAUGCAGUGAUACGGUACCGCAUGAUUGAUGCCAUAUUUAGGAGUUCUGAGACUGGAAAGCCCACUUCAUAUAAGUGUAACUAA